UUGACAAGCAUCAUGGAGCGCAUCCAACUGUUCCUCUCGAUCGUGCUGGACGGCGCCGAGGUCAAGAAGCUCCUCGUCGCGCUCGGACUGCCACGUGGAAGCUGGUACCGGCUGCAAUCGAUCGACCAUCUUGUUGACAAGACGACGCAUGUGCUGCUGUCGGCCAACCCCGAGGCGAGCCGGUUCCUCUGCACCCGCUACCAGAAAGGGGUCAAGCGCAUCGUUGCCAGUCGCAUUGUGGUCCUUCGCGCGCAAAAGUACGUGGCACUGCCAGCGACAUGCGUUCCACGGGCUACGAACGACAGCUACCUCGAUCGCCGUCUCGACACCCGGAUUGUCCUCCAUUUGCAUGACACGCUGUAUGUAGUCGACCCGUUUGACGACUGUUCUACGCACCCCGCUAGUCAGCGCAACAACGACGACGAAGCGCGACUCGACGAGCUGAGCGACGCGACACCAACGAUUCCGCUGGCCUACGUUGUGGAGCUUCUCGACAUCCUCGGCGACGAGGUGGCUUCCGUGCGCGCCUUGUUUGAGACGCACGCCGUGCACCAGCGCGUGAGUGUCGAAGGCAUGACCGACAUCCUUGCCUCCGCCGGUGCCCACGUGACGCUGGAUGGGGUGCUGCGACUGAUCUCAGACAUGGUCCAGAGCCGCACGGUGGCGCUGACAUCACCACCGUUCGACUUGAAAGCCCACGUGCUUGGCUACACGGACGUGCUCUCGGUCUACGUCGUCUUUCAUCGUCAGUACAAUCGGUGACGCAUCA